UCUGUGUGGCAAUGGAAAGAGGGAAGCGGAAGGGUUACCGUCGAUUGAUAAUAUAGAGAGAAAUAGAUAAGUUAGAAAACUGUUUCAAACUGAUUGUAUCCUUCCUGCACGAUCAUAUAAUCAGUGGUUAUGCGCUUGUGUUCUCGGCACACUCUGGUUCCUUCUAGAAUUUUUGGAACACAGCAACUGGUCUCUACAGACGCGAGUGAAACAGUUCGAAAUUGAAAAUGUCAGAAGACACGGGUGAUAAGGUUGAGACAGUGCAGUCUAUGUCUUUGGUAAUACCUCCUGGUUCGCCUAAGAAACCAGUGAAAUCUACAGCAGUUGUAAAAUAUUCUGUUGUUCAGACUCCAGCAACUUAUGCACAAUUGCAAUGCAACACAGAUUUGAACUUACCUCCCAGCAACUGGCUCAGCAGCUCUGCAGAAAGUUAUGGCCUGCAGAGUGUGUGGUCCCAAACUUCUGGGUUUUCCAGUUUUCGUAUGGCUCACAUGUUUCCUGAUUGUGUUGGUGAAGUUGAUGUUGUGUCUGACGCUGAAAAUAUUAAAAAGUUACUGAAACUACCGUAUAACCAUGGUGUGAUAUCAAUGAUGGUUCACAGAAUCGAAAAUACUUUGCUGCUUGAUGAUUUUGAUAUUCAUAAAUAUUUAUUAAGACAAGCAGAGAGUGAUUGGGAAUGGCUGAAAAAGUUUUUCUAUGAGCACAUAUUCCAGAAUCUGGGAGACAAGGACAAGACUCUGUUCCGUAAGACAAAUAAUAGGAAUACCUUACAGCAAAGGAAUUUGGUAUCCAAGUUCCUGUAUCAUUCUAUAAGAGUAGGAGAUAAUAAGGAGCAGAGUACAAAGCCACAGUUGCCUGUGAAAACAUUAGAACCAUGUCUGCCAGAGCCUUCACAAGAGGAGAAAGUGCCAGAUCCAAAUUACAAUCAUAAUUUCGCUAGAAAUAUUGUGUGGACUUUUGAGAACAUACAAAUGCUCAUUGGUACCGAUAUGCCAAUAUUUGGAGGGCAGACACAUCCAUGUAUAAGUCUACGUUUAAGGGAUAUGUCUAAGCCUAUUAAUGUGUUAACUGGUAUUGACUAUUGGUUAGAUAAUUUGAUGUGCAAUGUCCCAGAAGUGGUUAUGUGUUAUCACUUGGAUGGCAUAGUACAAAAAUAUGAAUUAAUAAAAACAGAGGAUUUACCAAAUAUGGAUCAUUCUAAAUUUAGUCCUAAAGUUAUCAGAGACGUAGCACAAAAUAUUCUGAGUUUCCUAAAAAAUAAUGCGACAAAGGCUGGCCACACUUAUUGGUUGUUUAAAGGCAAGGAUGACGAUGUUGUAAAGUUGUAUGAUCUGACAUCUUUAUGUAAUGAUGUAUCAGAUGAAAAGGGCCAGAAUCCGUUUACUGUGCCUGUUGCCAUGUUAUUAUACAGAGUAGCUCGUAAUAUGAAAUAUUCUUCUGAUUAUCACAGACAACAGGGCACUAUUAGAAUGCUUUUGAAGAAUUGUAUACAAUUGUUAACUAAAGAGAAAUAUCCUCAGAUUGUAACAUCUGCUCAUUUCAUGUUGUCCGACCUUUAUAUACCAUCAGAUACAGAUCCUGCUAGUCCAGGACUUUGUGAUCAAAGCGAUGAAGAAGAUACACAAAGUGAAUCAAGCGCGAAUCACGAUACUGAAAAGGACGACGAAGAAGUAGAAAGUGAAGAAGCUGCAAUAAAGUCCUUAACAUUAGCCAACAUUAAAGAGCAUAAAGAUAGAGAAGAACCAAAGUACAAGCCACCACCUAUUUCUGGUAUAGUGGAGGAAAGAUGUUUAGCUGCCUUAGAACAUGUCUGCCAAGGACUUGAAUGUUUGCAAUAUUUCCCAACUGAAGAUUCUUCUGAUGAAGAGCGUAAAAAAGCAGAGAAGGAGGAGAAGGAAAAGAAAGAGUACGAAGAAACUCAUUUGAACAUGGCCAAACCUCUUCAAGCAAUACCUAUGCCAUACACCUCUUUAAAAGAUGACAAGAAGGAAACGCAAUCUGGGAACGGUUCUGUCACCAAUAGUCCCAGCCAUAAAAAGAAAUUGAAACAGAAAAAAAAUAAAAAAUCAGAAAAACUCGUUUUGAAGGAGGAGCAGAAUGAAAAUGUAGCAAAGGCAUUACUAUGUAAAGUUAAAGCUGAAACACUGCCCACUUGGCAAGCACCUAAAAAGAGCGACAAUAUUAGUUGGAACGCGCACUUGAAGACAUUGUUAUACGAGAAGGCUUCAUUGAUCUUUGCCGUGCUCGCUGAGAAUGAAUACGUCAAUAAGAAUUACGGGGCUUCAUUGAGGUAUAUGUUAACGGUGUUACGUUGCCAAAAAAUUUUGGAGCUCUUUUGUGGAAUAAGAAACCACAAGUCGAUUAGCUAUUUAUUGGGUCGUGCGGGUGAUUGUUGCUUCAUGACUGUGCAAGACUGGUGCAAUAUAGAGAAGCAUAGAAAUGAUUAUGAAAUGAAAAACGAAACCGAAGAAAAGAUUAUCGAAGACAUCUGUAAAAUGGAAGAUUUGGACACGAGUGAGUCUCUAUCUCAGGUUCAUAAAGUACUCGUUUUGGGAAAAUGGUUAUUAGACACUCUGUUUCUCAUUUCAGAUGACACUGACUUACUGCCACAACGUUUAGAGAGUCUAGAAUCUACUUUAGUAGCAUCUUAUAAAUGUUACGAAAAAGCCUUAUUAUUGGAGCCGUUGGAAAUGGAUAGAAAUAAUCUUUUAAGGCGAUUAGGAAACAUUCAUAAUGAGCUAGGCGUUCUUUAUAUGAAUCAGGCUGGAACCCGGUAUCAGCAAGAAAACUUAAAUGAAGAGAUGUCAGGAGCUGAUGAUGAUGUAACAGCCUUACUUGCGCGUUCAUUGAAUCAUUUAGAAGCAGGAGUUAAGGCAUUUGAAACAGUUCAUGACGAGGCGAAUUUAGCGCUUCUGCAUUCAAAUACUGGAAGACUUAUGCGCCUUUGCGCUCAUAUGCAUGUUAAACAGAACACUGAAGAGCGUAAUUUUUAUAAUAAAGCUUUGGCCAGUUAUCAGAAGGCACUACAGGUCCUAGGAACUAAGAAGACCAAUCCUGUGAUUUGGGAUACCGUUACAUGGGAUCUAUCUACCACGUUAUUUACCAUGGCAACACUGUUGCAAGACUAUCCUAUAUCCGGUUGCAAGACCGAAGAGGAACUGGAACGAGAAGUGGUAGAUGUAUUACAAAAGGCGUUGAAACACUGUGACAUGGAAACGUCGGGACCACGGCAACCCGUUUAUCAAUUCCGUGCAGCUACUAUUCAACAUCGUCUUGCAUCUUUGUAUCACCGUGUGUAUAGAGAGUUUGAACCAGACACAGACAACGCCAAAAGAAAAACAAGCUUGCAGCUGUGCAAGCUGUACUAUGAAAAGGCAGCUAAGCUCUUGCUAGCAUUAGAACAGAUUACAGAGUUCCUAACUGUUCAGAUGGAAAGGGUUGCUCUGGCUGAACACCAAGCACGUUGUGCCACAACAAUCAAUGGAAAAUUGAAGGCGUACCAAAAUGGUCUUGACCUAAUAUUACAGUGCAAACCAAUUCUGGAUAUAUUGUGCGAGAGAAACAGCUCUCAGAAACAGAAAAAUGAGAGCACUAACGGUGUCAAUCAGAAGGCUAGGAAAGAAAUUACAGAAGGGAAAGGAAAUGAUGAUCAGAAGUUGUUGGAGGAUGAAGAGAGUUUGGUAGUGUUGCUUGAACAGAGACUACAGUUUAUCCUAAGAUUUAUAACUAAGUUAUUUGUUACAAAAAAUAACAACAGCAGUAAGAAGGACUGUGAGGCAUUGGCAAACUUGUAUAAACAGUGUUAUAGCAGGACACUGAGACCGGUUACAAUGUCCGGUUUCACGUUAAUCGAGCACGUUGCACAACUUCUACGAGAUUUAGAGAAAAUGUUACCGUCUACAGAAUGUUAAACACUUCUACACUUGUAAAUACAUGUAUAUCAUAUCUGUGCCAGUUCGCAGACUCAACGCGUGAAGUCUCGAUCAACGAAUAUGAUUCCUUCCCGAGAUUGGUUUUUUCAAUCUUUUCAAGGUUUUUAUAUCGCUAUUAACGCUGGUCGUUAACAAAGAAAACGUUCUCCAACUCGUUGCGGUAUCCCAUGACCCCAGGAACAUUUUUUUAUCCUACAAUGUACAUAGUCAGAUCGAAGCUUUUAUUUAUGUAUACGUAAAUAUGAUUUAUAAAAGAGAAAUAAAUCACGGCUACA